GUGGUGUGUGAGGGUGGAAGGGGGGGGGACAGAGAAAGGAGAAAAAGGCGCGAGAUCAUGUUACUGCUGUUCUUCCCGCCCCCACCUCUGAGCCCCGAGGAUGCUACAUCAGCUAGACAGAUGGACAGACAGGCAGUUGGCCAGGACAGGUCAGUUGGCAAGGCUAUCUAUCUGUCUGUCUCUGUUUCUCCCAGCAUGAGAGACGGGAUAUUAUUGUUCUGUUAUAUUCAUACAUGCCCCGGAUCAAAUCUCUGUCUGGUUGCCUCUCUCUGUCUCGUCUACCAGGUAAGGUGAGGUAUAUAAGGUAUUUACUUGGUAAGGUGCGUAGGAAAGUGCUCGGGUAUAGAUGGGGAACAACUGCUCCGACUGUUCUGGAAACGGCCCUGGACGCCUGCCUGCCUGCCUGCCUGCCUGCCUGCCUGUAUGUAUGUACAAAGAGUUCACGAGACAAGCGAACGUAGUGUUCUUGACAUUUUCAUUAAACCCCAUCCGCGUGGACAGUCUUGGAUCAGUAGGGCAGAGAAACGCAACUGCCGGCCCUCGUCUCGUUCAGCUGGGAGCCUUGGUAGGUCUCCGAGGUAGCCGAACGCAACCUCCCCCCCCUCCCUUCCCUCGGGCCUGUCAGCAAGCAGGAAAUCCGGGGAAGAUUUAAUAAUUGUCUUUUUUGUGAGAGGUCGGUUUUCGGGGGGGCGGGGGCACUUGCCCCAGUGCAGCUGCAGCUAGUCUUCUGUUCGGUUCGUUGGCGUGAGAGAAAGUGUGUGUGGGAACCCCAAC